UCUAACUCUGUUUGUGGUAGGUGAAGUCAUGUCAUUCUCAACCAGUUUCAAAAAAGGGAUCGAAGGAAACCAAAAAGUCCUUAAAGAUGAUAAUACACUGAAGCUUUAUCCUCAUACAGACUUUAGCGUCUUCCUCAGAAGUUGCGAACAAGAAAUAUCAACUCCCAUAAAUGGUAAAAUUGGUGGUAAGAUUCCAGAAUGGUUAAACGGAACUCUGAUAAGAAAUGGCCCCGGAAAUCUAAAGUUUGGAAAGCACGAAUUUAAACACCUGUUUGAUGGAUCCGCACUACUACACAGAUACAGAAUAAAAGAUGGAAAUGUAACUUAUCAAUGCCGUUUCAUACGUUCAGAGGCGUAUAAAAAAAACUGGGAAGCAAAAAGGAUUGUUUUUAAUGAAUUCGGAACUCAAGCGGUUCCAGAUCCUUGUCACAAUUUGUUAAAACGGUUGACCACUUUCUUCAAUCCUGAACGAUUUCUCACCGAUAAUUCAAAUAUAUCGAUUUAUCCUUUUCAAGAUGAAAUUUAUUCAAUAUCAGAAACCGUUUACGCACAUAAAAUCAAUGCAACAACAUUAGAAUGCGAAGAAAGAAAAGAUAUCAGAGACAUUAUACCGUUGGUAGUUCAUCACUCGUCACAUCCGCAUGUCGCAGAAGAUGGUACAGUGUAUACAUCAGCCCUAUCGGUUGGUUUAUUAGGUACCACGCACCAUAUUGUUUGUUUCAAUAAGCCUGAAAACGGAGAAAAAUCAAUGUUUGACACUGCCAGAAUUGUGGCUAGCGUCCCAGCCCCAUGGCCCCUUAAUCCAUCUUAUAUGCACACAUUCGGUAUAUCAGACAAUUAUUUUGUGAUGAUUCAACAGCCCUUUAGUGUGUCGAUAACUGGCCUAGUUACUGCUUUGGUGGUCAACAGGCCUACUUCGUCCGCUCUGAGAUGGUACGAAAAGGAACAAACUAUCAUCACUUUAAUAAACCGUACAACUGAUCAAAAAGAAGAUUUUUACACAUCUUCAUUUUUCUACCUUCACAUAAUCAACCAAUUUGAAAUAACCGACGAGUAUUUGGUAAUAGAUGUAUGUUGUUAUAAAAAUCCAGACUUUGUUAAUUGUAUGUUUACAGAAAACCUAUUGAAUGCCCAGAUGAAUCCAUGUUUCGCUAAAAUGGCUAGAAACAAGCCCCAAAGAUUUAUUGUACCUUUAACUAAAUUUAAGAAACAAUCUUUUAAUAAAGAAACGCAAAGUUCAUCAGGAAAUUUAAUUCAUUUGGACAAUUCGUUGUGUGAAGCUUAUUUACAACGUGACGGACGAAUUAUCUUAUCACCUGAAGAUUUAUGCGGGUUGAGUUGCGAAACGCCUCAAAUAUAUUAUAAAAAAUAUUCAGGAAAGCCUUACAGAUAUUUUUACGCCAUUGGAGCUGAUGUAGCUACCGAAAAUCCUGGUUUGAUUAUUAAAGUUGACACCGUAGAAAAGGAUUGCAAAACAUGGUGUGAAAAAAAUUGUUACCCCAGCGAACCAAUUUUUUUUCCCAGGCCAAAUGCACAGGAAGAAGACGAUGGUGUACUAAUGUCAUCCCUUUUAUGGGGCGAAGAACAGUGGAACAAAAUAGGACUUAUUAUAUUAGACGCAAAAUCGUUAAAAGAAUUAGGAAGGGCGGAAUUUACCACACCAUCUCCAGCACCAAAAUGUUUACAUGGGUGGUUUAUACCAGACUAAGAUCAAAUAAUGCUUAAUUAACCUAAUUAAAUUACUUCACUAUUCAAUUUUGUAAAAUAUGUAAUACUCUCGACAAUGACACUUUUUAAAAUUUAAAAUAA